AUGGAAGCAGAAGAGAUGCUGGCUGGAUCAGACGAUGACGAUGAGGGCGGCGAUGGGAGUGAGGAAGAAGUCAAGGCCCCUGCGACCAAAAAGAGCAACGGUAAGGCACGGGCUACCGAUGCCAAGGGCGUCGACUUUCUCCUCAACCUCGACAAGAAGGCCAUCAGCAGAUCACGCGCAGAAGAGGCCAGAUUGAGCAAGGCCGAGCGAAAAGCUCAACGCCAAGAAGCAGGCGAAGAUCGCAGCGGUCCCUCGUCAAGCAGGGCCCGCCUCGACGAGGACAGCGAUGCGGAGAGUACAGAUAUGGAGGGAGCCAGCGAGAGCAGCGACAUGGGUGACGACGAUAGCGAUGAUGCCCUCGCAGGGAUCCACGCAUCAGAUGAAGACUUCGACUCGGCUCAGUCAUUCUCAGACGAGGAGUCCAGCAGCGAUGACGAGGACCGAGGAGACAAGGCGGAGCGUCGCCACGCUGAGGUGCUUAGGGCUCGAAAGAGGAGAGAACGAGCGGAGGAGGCAAACGAGGUCAAAGACGCCAAAAAGAGGAGACUGCCUGUGAGAGGCAACGAGGGCAGGUGGCAGGAUGAGGUUGGGUCAGAUGAGGAUGAUCACGAAGGAGCCGCUGCAUCAGCUGCCGCCAAGAAGGCAAGGAAAGAGGAGAACAGGGUUCUUCGUGAGGUGCGCAUGGCCGAAGCCAGCUCCUCAUCAGAAGAGGAAGACGAGGGAGAGAAAGAAGCAGCAGCCCAACGUCGUGCCCAACCGGCCUCGACGAUCACCUCAGGCGCACGCUUCGGCCUUCAAGCCCCCUACACCAUCAUGCUCUCCCGUCCUAAAUCAGCCCGCAUCGCUGCCGCACGCGAGCAGAUUGCUCGCCUCUCAACGGAUAUCAUCGGCGAUCCUGAAGUCUCCCUUGGCCUGCUACGGCGUCUCAGCGUCUUUGCGCAGGACCAUAUCCAGAGGCCCGAGCACGACUCGAUGGCCAAGGAGCAGGGCCUGCCAACCAAGGUUGAGGUUGAUCCUGCGAUUCGAUCCGCAGCCAUUCUCUCACUCACGGCAGUCUUUGUCGACAUUCUCCCUGGAUACCGCAUUCGUGCUCUGAGCGACAAGGAAGCAGCAGAGAAGGUCAACCAAGAGACGGCUCGCCGCCGCGAAUGGGAGCAAGGCCUCGUCGAGGUCUACAAGAUUCACUUACAAGCUUGCGAAUCCGUCGUCCGCUCCAAGUCACCCACGGUCUCCUCCGUUGCCCUGCGAAGCAUGUGUCUCCUCCUCACUCGCGCAACGCACUUCAACUUCCGCACCAACCUCAUCUCCUCACUUGUAUCGCAGCUCUCCCGCAAGGGCUGGUCCGACGACUCACAGCAGUGCGCUGAGGCCUUGACGGAGGUGUUGAAACGGGAUUUGAAUGGGGAGGUAAGCUUGGAGGUGGUCAGGCUGCUCAAUCGCAUGAUCAAGGAGCGCAGUUACCAGGUCAACGCGAAGGUGUUGAACCUGCUACUGCAUCUGCGGCUCAAGGACGAGCUUGGCCGCAAGCGAGCGGACACGGUUCGUGCGAGCGAUGGGGACGAUAAGAAGAACGGCGAUGGGGAUAAGCAGCGUCGCUUUCAACAGGGCAAGGGUAAAGCCAAGCCUCGUGAGAUUCGCAAGGGCCAGGGGCAGCAUCUGAGCAAGAAGGCCGUCAAGCAACUUCGCGAGGUGAAGGAGGUGGAGAAGGAGAUGAAGGAGGCUCAGGCUGAGGUUGAUGUUGAGGAGAGGGAGCGCAACCACACGGAGACGCUCAAGUUGCUGUUCGUCCUCUACUUCUCCAUCCUCAAGGCUCCUGCUGCACCCAGCCCGCUGCUCGGGGCGGCAUUGGAGGGACUGUCGCGAUUCGCGCAUCGCGUCAACGUGGAGUUCUUCAGGGAUCUGCUCGCCGUGCUUAGAGCGCAUAUUGAGAAAGCGAGGAAAGCUGCUGAUGGGCAGCAAGAUGUAGGAGACGAGAGCGAAGAGGAUGAGGAGGAAGAAGAGGCAGGCGCAGCAGCGGACGUCGAGCUCCGUCGCGAGUCGCACCUACGUCGAGCCCUGCUCUGCCUCGUGACGGCAUUCGAGCUCCUGUCAGGACAAGGUGAAGCCCUCAUUAUCGACCUUUCGGACCUGGUCAACCACCUGUAUGCACUCGUCCUGCCUGUGUGCACGCUCCCCGGCAUCGAGGAGGUGCCGCAGGACCCAGUAGCGCAAGUCGCACCUCCACAACAGCAGCAGCAGAAUGGCGGCGGACGUCGUGGCGGUGCUGCUUUCCAGUCAUCAACCCACCUCCUUCGCAGCACGGCCGACCUUCUGCUCCGCUCCUUGGACCUGGCUCUGCUCCGGCCACGCCCCUCCACACUGCCUUCAGAACGCAGCGCCGCAUUCAUCAAGCGGCUCCUCAUUGCUGCUCUCCAGACUCCGGCUCAGACUUCUCUGCGUCUCCUCGGAGUGGCUCGUUCGGUGAUGGGUCGGGACGUCAAGCUGGAGGCAUUGCUUGAUACGGAGGACAGGGCGAAGAAUGGGGCGUUCGACGUACGAAAAGAUGAUGUAGAGGCUGCGCGACCGUUGAAGGCAGGGGAGGUCGUGGCGUGGGAGUUGGGCCUGCUGGCACAGAAUGUCAACGAGGAUGUGGCUGAGGCUGCUCGGGGGAUUUUGUGUUGGAGGAAGGUGUGA